AAGUGCCUCACUAUAUAAGGAUUGCAGACUCACUUCUUCUGAGUGGUUGUAUUGCCAACUUUGUUGAGCAGUUACCAUGUUCCUGCGCAGGGCUGUCCUGGCUGGUGGAGCAGCACUUUUUGCUGCAGGGGCUGUGAAGCACAGUGAGGAAGACUCAAGUGUAAGUGCUGUGUCAUGGCCACCAGCCUUUACCAGGCAUUGGGACUCCAACUGGGACCGACGUGAACCAAGGUCUCUGAUCAAUUUAACUGACCUGAACGGCAAUAAAGAGGACUUGAAAUGGAAACUAAAAAAAUAUAAAGCAAGGGCCAGACGUACCAUCUUCCUUGUUCGCCACGGACAGUACAAUGUGGCUGGUGAAACUGACUCUGAAAAAGUUCUAACACCACUUGGUCGUGAGCAGGCUAAUUUAACUGGUCAGCGCCUUGCUAAUUUGGGCUACACGUACACGGAUAUGACCUACUCUACACUGCAAAGGGCCAAAGAAACCUCAGAAAUAAUUGGCCGGCAUCUUCAGGGUGUGACACAAACUGGUUCUGACUUGCUAAGAGAAGGGGCGCCCAUUAGACCAGAUCCAAGUUCUGACUGGAAACCAGAUGUUUUGUAUUUUAAAGAUGGACCACGUAUAGAAUCUGCUUUUAGAAGCUACAUUCACCGUGCUGACUAUGAACAGAAAGACGAAAGCUAUGAGAUCAUAGUUUGCCAUGAUAACGUUAUCCGCUACCUUGUCUGCAGGGCUCUUCAGCUGCCUCCUGAAGCUUGGCUACGCAUGGAUCUAAAUCAUGGCAGCAUCACUGAACUUGUCAUUCAUUACAAUGGUCGUGUAACUCUAAGAAUGCUUGGUGAGGCUGGGUACAUGCCAGCUUCAAAACUCAGCUGCUAAACUGGAUGGCAAAUUUUAUGAAAAGCCAGAAGGAGUUCAAGAUUAAUACGACUGCUUCCAAACUACAAGAGAAUUGAUGCAAGAUACUGUAAAAUGGUGAUGGGAGUAAACACUUUUGGCUUUCAGUUGGCACCAUGGAAGUUUGACUGCUAAUUACAGGCAACACAAUUGGGUUCAUUUACUAAAGGCAAAUCCACUCUGUACUACAAGUGCACUUGGAAGUGCAGUCGCUGUAG